CGACCUGUUUGGUCCUGUAUUGUUCGGUGCCGCGUGUGUGUGUAUGUGUCUAGUGAUUGUUGUUACGGUCACUCCUAGGAUACCUCACCCACUCGGAUAUCAUGUAAUACUCUCAUCAGGAGGCUGGAGAAUGUGACGCAGCCAGAGUGAUGGGUGCGAGAUGUAGCCUCCUGGCGUGGCUCUUGUCUGCUCUGGUGGUAGCCUCUCUCCAAGACAACUUCCGCUUCACCAGUGACCACUACAAUGUCACUGUCCCCGAGAACUCCGUCGGCAAGACGUACGUCACCCCCGAGGAGAAGAUGGGUGUGUACCGCCUCGACGAGGACGUCGAAGUGCGGUUCAAGAUCGUGUCCGGGGAUAGAGACAAAUUUUUCAAAGCGGAAGAAAGACUCGUGGGUGAUUUUUGGUUUUUAUUAAUUCGGACUAAAACCGGGAACGUGGAUGUGCUCAACCGCGAACGGAAAGAUCGUUACGUUCUCGACGUGCGAGCGACCGCGACGAAGAAGGACGGUAAGAAGAUGUCGUAUUUGGAAGCCAACACGACUGUCUCUGUGAGUGUUCUCGAUACCAAUGAUCUCAAUCCUCUCUUCUAUCCCACCGAGUACUUAGAAACCGUCGCAGAAGACCUGCCUCUGCACUCGAGCGUAAUCAGAGUCGCCGCCGAGGACGCUGACCUCGGCAGGAACGGUGAGAUCUAUUACAGCUUUAGGGAGAACACCGAACAGUUUGCUGUGCAUCCUACUUCCGGUGUCGUUACACUUACCAGGCCUCUUCGGUAUUCCGAACGAGAAGUCCACGAACUGACAGUACUUGCUCAAGACAGAGGUACAGUGCUCAAGGGGGGUGGCAAAGCCAGUACCGCCAAGUUAAAGAUCUUUGUCAAGCAGGUCAAUCUCCAUUCUCCUGAAAUUUACGUUCAACACCUACCAGAUAUUGUAGAAAAUUCUAACGCCGAUAUUUAUGCGAUAGUUAAAGUGAUGGACAGGGAUGAUGGGAUUCAUGGGGAAAUUAAAAGCCUUGACAUUGUUGACGGUGAUCCUGACGGACAUUUUCGGAUUCGAAAGGCUAAGGGAAAUGGUGGCUUGAAGGGAAGUGAAUACAACGUUGAAGUUUUAAAACUGUUAGACAGAGAAACAGCGCCCCAAGGCUAUAACUUGACGUUGCGUGCAGUGGAUAGAGGCAUACCUCCUCGUCAAACCUACAUGUCAAUUCCUGUACAUCUAGCAGACCUAAACGACAACGCUCCCGUGUUCGACAGAAUGAUUUAUGAGGUAGAUGUUCCAGAAACUGCUCCCAUAAAUUCUCCGAUAAUACGACUGAAAGUCACUGAUGCCGACCAGGGCCGCAACGCUCAAGUAUUCUUGGAGAUCGUAGGAGGCAAUGAAGGUGGCGAGUUUCGGAUUAAUGCCGAUACUGGGAUGUUGUACACAGCUGUCUGUCUCGAUGCAGAAAGUAAAGCGUUCUACACCUUGACAGUUUCGGCGAUCGAUCAAGGGAACACAGGCACACGCAAGCAAUCUUCAGCGAAAGUAAAGAUCCAGGUUAUAGACACGAACGACAACGACCCUUUGUUUGACAACUCAGAGUUGACGGUGUCUGUCGAUGAGAACCAAGCUGCUGGCACUUCCGUGACCAAAGUUACAGCUCGAGACAAGGAUUCCGGAGAGAAUGCGUACAUAUCCUACAGCAUCGCUAAUCUAAACCCAGUGCCUUUCGAGAUUGAUCACUUCUCAGGUGUAAUAAAAACCACGCAAAUGUUGGACUAUGAAUCAAUGCGAAGACAAUAUGUUCUACACAUCAGAGCGUCGGACUGGGGCGCUCCGUACCGACGUCAGACUGAAAUGAAGUUAACAAUCAACCUAAAAGAUGUAAAUGACAAUCGGCCUCAGUUUGAAAAGAUUGACUGCAACGGACACUUGCCUCGAUACACUCCCAUUGGAACAGAAAUAUUAACAUUGUCUGCGAUCGAUUUUGAUGCUGGGAACAUAAUCAGUUACAGGACGGUGGCCGGUAACGAGGACGGAUGUUUCAACUUAGACACAGCGACUGGUGUCCUCUCUGUGACUUGUGAUCUCAGCGACAUUAUGGUCUCUGAGCGAGAAGUCAACAUGACGGCUACUGACGGGACUCAUUUCGCAGAUGUCAACACCGUGAAGCUUAAACUCAUUGCAGCAAAGAAAGAUUCCGAUGUAUUCGUUAAUUCGAAUUCAGUUACAUUUGAAUGUAAAGAAACAGGUGUAGCACGAAGACUAGCUGAUGCCAUGGACUCAGUAAAGAAGAACAAUGCUCUUCAUAAUGAAUCCGAAGUAUUUGCCAUGAUGCCAAGUAGAUACGGGGACAACAUACACACUCCUGAAUUUAUAAAUUUUCCUCACGAGAUUCAGGUAAAUGAGUCAGCUCCGAUCAGAAGCACACUAGUUAAGAUCCGUGCUCGGGAUAGAGAUUUGGGUUACAAUGGAAACCUAAUUUUCGGAAUAACCUCUGGAGAUCACGACUCAGUGUUUCGAAUUGAGCCUGAAACAGGUGAGUUGAAGGUUAUUGGCUACUUGGACCGAGAACGUGAGACAGAGUAUUACCUAAAUAUAACAGUCUACGACCAAGGCCGUCCUCAGAAGACUCAAUCCCGUUUACUUCCUGUCAUGGUGCUAGAUGUCAACGACAACGCUCCUAAAUUUGAGAGAGCUUUAGCUAGUUUUAGAGUUACAGAGAACGCUCUCAACGGCACAGCAAUAUUCAAACUCAACGCGAGCGAUCCCGAUCUAGGAGAAAACUCGAACAUCGCUUAUUCCCUUGUCACUGACACUCAGCAUUUUAAAGUGGACCCGAUAACUGGGGUGCUCUUCGUCACGGCACCACUAGAUCGAGAGACACAGGAACUGUACGAACUAAAGAUCAGAGCUUCGGACAGGGCAUCCGAUCCAAAAGACGUUGAAGCGCUCCACUCUGAAGCCAUUGUAAGGGUUUUCAUCGACGACGUUAACGACAACGCUCCAUCGUUUCCACUGCAGAGCUACUCAGUCAAAGUACGUGAAGAUACGCCCGUCGGUAGCGUGGUAGCCAUCCUAGACGCCACGGAUCCUGACCUGGGCCAAGGAGGAGAGAUCCGAUACUCUAUCCUGGGGGAGAGCGAGGUAGACUCGCCGUUUGUGAUAGACAGGAUGACAGGGACUGUGCGGACAGUGAAGCCCCUGGACUACGAAGAACGUCAGGUCCACACUCUGACUGUGAGGGCCAGGGACCGAGGUACACCAUCCCUCCUCACUGAGGUCACAUUGGUGGUAGAGAUCGUGGACGUCAACGAGAAUCUUCAUGCUCCGCAGUUCGAGGACUUUGUGUUGUCUACGUCAGUGCUGGAGAACCAACCUGUCGGAACCCUCGUGACGACCAUCACUGCCACGGACGCGGACCCGCCAGGGGACGACUCCAGGGUCGGCUACUCAAUCAGGGCUGGCGACGGAUUGGGCUACUUCUCCAUUGACGAUCAAGGCAACAUCAAGACGGCCGCAGUGCUGGACACAGAGACCAAGGCUCACUAUUGGCUGACUGUCUACGCCCAGGACCAUGGAGUCGCUCCACUCACCACCAGGCUAGAGGUGUUUAUAUCAGUGACCAAUGUGAAUGACAACACCCCCCUAAGUGAGGUCCCGGUCUACUACCCCCAUGUGGCGGAGAACUCGCCCGCCAACACCCCCGUAGUCCAGCUGACUGCUACUGACGGAGACAUGGACCCUGGACUCUCUCUCACCUACAGGAUUACUGGCGGAAACCCGGAGAGCUUCUUCACAAUGGACUCUUCCACUGGCGUUUUGUCAACAACAGGGCGUAAACUCGACCGUGAAAACCAGGCUGAGCACACCCUUGAGAUCACAAUAUCAGACAACGGCACUCCACCUCUGUCAUCGACCACUAGAGUCGUGGUGGUCGUGGAUGAUGUGAAUGACAACAUUCCUCAGUUUGAAGAGAACUUCUACCACGUGGUGAUUCCCGAGACUAGAGAUAGCAAAGCACCUUUGGCUCAGAACGAAGUAGACUCGGGGGAGGAGCUGGGGUUUGAGGCUUUACUCAGUAAUGACUCGUGGGAAAGCCUUGACGUCAAAAAUAUUACAGGCACACCGCUUUUCCGGGUCCUUGCCCUGGAUCGCGAUGCUGGUUUAUUUGGAGAGAUCCAGUAUAGUCUAAAGUCUGCUCGAGGAAAAGCCAAAUUUGGUAUUCACCCUGAGACUGGAGUCGUUUAUUCUGCAUCCACAUUUACUGCAGGCCAAGAAUAUGACUUAAUGGUGCGUGCCAUGGACGGUGGCUCUCCCAACCGCAGCAGUACAGCAAGAGUGUCAGUGCAAGUAGCAGCAGUACCGACCAAAUCUGAGCACGUCCCUGUAGUGAAGGGUGGAGAUCAGCAUGUAGAGGUCACAGAGAGUGACACUGUCGGCUUCCUGGUGGCACUCAUACAAGCCUCUGACCAGGACGGAGACACUCUGUGGUACAAGAUUGUUGAUGGAGACCCUAAAGCUGAGUUUGUGAUGGGAGGAGACGAGGGAAGUGUGUUGUUGGCUCGUCAGCUGGACUGGGAGUCUCAGAAGGAAUAUAACCUCACCAUCAGUGUUACUGACGGAAUACAUGUAGUUCUUACACAGUUGUACGUGAGUGUGAUUGACAUCAACGAGCACCGUCCGGUGUUCUCUCAGCCUGAGUACGCAGUGAACGUGUCGGAGAGUACCCCGGUAGACAGCGUGUUGGUAGCACUGCAGGCGUGGGACACUGACCAAGACAGCAAGGUUGCGUACAGUCUACACUCGGCUCGCAGUCAGCACAGCUUGGCUCUGUUUAGAGUGGACUACCAGACUGGUGCAGUCAUAUUGGCUCAGCCCCUCGACAGGGAGAGCAUGGCAGAACAUGUGUUGACUGUAGUGGUGAGAGACCAAGGGACACCAGCCAAGCGCAACUUUGCCCGAGUGCUGAUACACGUUCACGAUGCCAACGACCACGCGCCAGAGUGGACCGGGGGUGUUGUGCAGGGACGAGUGCUGGAGAGUGCAGCCGUUGGUACAGCGGUAGUCACCGUGCUGGCCAGUGACAAGGACCAUGGGGCAAACGCAGCACUUACCUACUCUAUUGUCUCAGGGAAUGUGGGCAAUACUUUCUUGCUAGACCCAGUUCUGGGCACUGUUCGCUUGGCUCGAUCGCUAGACCUCUCCUCUACAGCUGAGUACAUGUUGGUGGUGAGAGCAGUGGACGGAGGAGACCCUCCCCUCUCCGCCUCCCUCCCCGUACACAUCAUGGUGGUUAUGGCUGACAACGCACCUCCCAGGUUCAUGCAGAGAGAGGUAGCAGCAGAGCUGUAUGAGGGUGAGCCGGCUGGCACAGUAGUGAAGCACCUGGAGGCCCGCAGCACGUCCUCACUGUUGUUUGAGAUUAUCCGAGGCAACAACGAGAACCGGUUCAGCAUCAACCCCAGCACAGGCGUUCUGACUACCACCUGGCCCUUGGACUACGAGGCUACAAGGAUAUACAACCUCAGUGUCACCGCAACCAACAUGGCUGGAGCCAAAGCUGUGUGUCAGGUGAUAGUUCAUGUGCUGGACCGCAACGACAACCCACCGUACUUCCUAGAGACCAACUACUUUGGUUCAGUAGCUGAGGACGCUGUGAUUGGCUCCCUGGUGCUGACUAAUAGCAGCGCUCCACUGGUCAUCUCCGCCCAGGACAUGGACUCCCAGGUCAAUGCUCUGUUGCAGUAUGACAUUGUGGAACCUGCUGCCAGAAGGAUGUUCCAUAUAGACUCUACGACAGGAGCUAUUCGCACAGUUAUGAGCCUGGACCACGAGCAGUUGCCAGUUAUCAAGUUUGGUGUUCGAGUGACAGACCUUGGCACUCCGAGGUUGUCCAGUGAAACAACAGCACAAGUUAGCAUCUCAGUGCUCGAUGUCAACGACUGUCCCCCGGUCUUCACACACAAUGAAUACAACGCUUCCGUCCUGCUGCCUACCUACAAAAAUGUUAUCAUUGCUCAGGUGAAUGCAACGGAUGGUGAUUCAAGAGGUCUGACAUCACUUAAGUACUCGAUCGUCAGUGGCAAUGAACAUGGAAUCUAUCGCAUUGUUGAGAACAAAGGCUUCAUUAUAGUGAGGGACACUCAACAUGGUGUGCGCUCCUCCCCUCACAGGCUCCGAGUGGCUGUGACCGAUGGGAAAUAUACAUCACAUGCGCAUGUGAACAUCAAGUGGGAGCGUUCCUCAGAGUCGGGACUGGUGUUCCAGCGACCUAUGUACCAAGGCUCUGUGUUGGAGAACUCCACCAAACCUCUCACAGUAGCUGUCGUCAAUGUCCUCGGAUCUCAACUGAAUGAACAUCUCGCCUUCACCAUUCUCAAUCCCUCGCCACUGUUUAAGAUAGGUCGGACCUCAGGAGCUGUGAGCACUACAGGUCUGCGCUUUGACCGGGAGACACAAGACCACUAUCAGCUCAUUGUACAGGCGAGGAGUGAAGAGUUUGGUGACGCCAUCCGCAUUGCUCAAGUGCCAGUCAACAUUACAGUUCUGGACAUCAAUGACAACUGUCCCAUGUUUGUCAACCUUCCCUACUAUGCUGUAGUCUCCAUUGACGCUCAAAAAGGGGAUGUCAUAACAAAGGUACAUGCAGUGGACCUGGACUCGGGAGAGAACGGUGAGGUUCGCUACGAGCUGAUGAAAGGUCAUGGAGAGUUGUUCAGAGUCUGUCGCAAGACUGGAGAGAUCAGUCUGAAACAACCUCUGGAAUCUCACAACAAGGACUACACACUCAGCAUUGCAGCUUACGAUGGAGGUCAGAGCCCAUGCUCCACUGAGGUAUCUGUCACAGUGAAAGUAGUGGAUAGAUCCAUGCCCGUGUUUGACAAGCAGUUCUACUCAGUUUCUACUCCAGAGGAUAUUGCGCUUCAUUCACCCCUCCCCGUCACUAUCAAGGCAGAGUCACCUCUCGGCCGCAAACUUAUCUACAGCAUCGUAUCCGGAGACCCCUACGAGGAAUUUGCUCUUGAUUUCAGCACAGCGCCUGAUACUAACAGUGGUCCCUGUGUUCUAUAUGUUGCUGAUGAGUUGGACUACGAGAGCACGACUCAGUACGCUCUGACUCUGCGUGCUACAGAUUCCGUCACAGCUGUGUUUGCUGAAGUGUUAGUUAGUGUACUGGUCACUGAUGUCAACGACUGCCCUCCUGAGUUCCCGACUGACUCUUACAAUGUCUCUGUCUCCGAGGCUGCUCCCUUCGGCUCACUUGUACUCACUGUCUCCGCCACUGACAAUGAUACAGGUGUUAAUGGAGUUGUCCGCUACUCUCUGGACCCGAGCUCUGGCAAUGCGUCAGAUUAUUUCCACAUAGACCCGGACGAGGGUUCUGUGUACCUCAAGAGAUCACUGGACCAUGAGCUGCGUAGCCUCCAUCACCUGGUCAUCGUAGCAAGAGACUCGGGCACCCCUAGCCUCUCUACCUCUGUCCAUGUGUGGAUCACAGUUAUUGACAUGAACGACAACGCGCCAAAGUUUGAGCAGCCAUCGUACACAUGUUGGCUGUCUGAAGAGGCCACUAGAGGUCAACUGGUGACCCUGGUCACAGCCAGUGACCCCGACACAGGUCCUCUCACAUACAGUAUUGCAGCCGGCAACCAACACCACACCUUCCACAUCGAUCCUGACAACGGUAUUCUGACAGUUGUGAACCUGCACAAGUUGACGGAGCUGCAGACUCACACGUUGAACAUAUCAGUCUCCGACGGAGUGUACACAAGCUUCUGUCGUGUGAGGGUGGAGAUGGUGUCGGCCAACCGUCAUAGUCCUGUCAUGGGCCGCCCACAGUACGACGCACGAGUCACAGAGAACCAGCCAAUCGGACGACCAGUAGCCACAGUCACCGCCACGGACAUGGACAGCGGCACCUACGGCAUGCUCACCUACUCCAUACCUUCCCAGCUACUGCUGCAGACCUUUAGCAUCAACAACAUCACAGGAGAAAUCUGGACUAAGAGAUCGUUGGAUAGAGAACAACAGUCUCUGUAUGAGAUUCCUGUGAUGGUGGUGGAUGGGGGAGGCAAGUCUGGCCUGACGACUGUCCGACUGUCAGUAGUUGACACCAACGACAACCCACCUCAGUUCCUACAGGCCGAGUACAAAGCUUGCAUCCAUGCUAACCUGACAGUUCACUCCGCUUUCCUCAAGGUGCGAGCUGUUGAUGCGGACGAAGGCCCUUCUGCCACAAUACAAUUCUCAGUGUAUGAGACUCAGUCUAGUGGAGUUAAGCAGUUGUUCUCCAUCCACCCUCAAAGUGGUGCACUCUUCCUGCUCAAGUCAGCUGUGCCUUAUGAAAACCAGGUGUUCCAAUUCUUUGUGCGUGCCACGGAUACUGGAGUUCCUCCACUACACACAGAUGUCCCUGUCCAAGUCUACAUCAUGUCUGCCGGAGACGUUCCUCCGCUCUUCCAGAGGAGCGACCACAAGUUCUUCUUGCCAGAGAAUGCUCCUUCAGGAAGCGUGAUAACCCAGCUGCAGCUGGUUGCUGACAUGCCCGUGCAAUACAAGUUGAUCAGUGGCGGACCCUCGUUCCUCGUAGACUCCGGGGGCAAAGUAAUGCUGAUGGGUACUCUAGACAGAGAGGUCACUAAAUCUCACUCCCUGGCUGUCCUGGCGCUCACUGAGUCCAGCCCUCCACUCACUGCCCUUACUGAGAUAGUUCUCCAAGUUCUGGACACUAAUGACAACGCUCCUGUCUUUGACAGUGACACUUACCACAUUGGAAUACCAGAAAAUGUCCCUGAAGGAACUUCUGUUUUCAAAGUGCAUGCCUCAGACCGUGACGAGGGCAGUAACGGAGAGGUGCGUUACUCGAUGGGUGGCUCGGGUGAUGUGUUUGCUGUAGAUCCAUACUCCGGAUGGAUCACUACCCUGGUGCCUCUAGACAGAGAGACUGUAUCAUCGUAUGUUGUCACUGUUGUGGCGACAGACAACGGCUCACCGCAGCAAACUGCCUCAGCUGAGGUCUACAUCAGACUCAUUGACUACAACGACAACCCUCCAGUGUUCGCUGAGGAAUCAUACAGUGCCUCAGUGAAGGAAGAUGCAUUGGCAGGAACAGUGGUGGCUCAGCUGUCAGUCAGUGACUUGGACACAGAGUUGAGCUCCAAUGUGGAGUACUACAUCACAGAGGGUGACUCCAAAGCUCAGUUUGGAGUACGAGCCACAGGCCAGGUGUAUGUGACUCGACCAUUGGACCGUGAAACCCAGGAGAAGUAUAGCCUCACUGUACAAGCCACCGACACCAAGUUUGUGUCUACUACUCGGGUGUUCAUCACUGUGCUUGAUGCAAAUGAUGAACAGCCGCAUUGUCAACGAGCUCGCUACAGAGAGAGACUUUCAGAAGGAGCCGAGCCUGGCAGCUUCGUCCUCACUGUCUUGGCUACUGACGGAGAUUUGGACCCUAGACUCAAGUAUUACCUGACUGGUGACGGAGCCGAACAUUUUAACCUUGACAGGGAUAGCGGUGAGCUUCGGACCAGCAGACUCCUGGACAGGGAGACUCUGCCUCGCUACUCUCUGGCAGCUCAUGUCCAGGACAGAGAGAGACCUGACUGGGAGUGUGUGUCUCACAUUGACAUUAUACUGUCCGACGUCAACGACAACCCUCCGAGCUUCUCCACGGCCAAUCACACGGCCGCGUUGCCCGAAGAUUCUCCUGUCGGAACUCUCAUCACCAAGAUGCAUGCUACUGACCCUGACAGGGGUAUCAACCGCAAGGUGCGCUACUACCUGGAGGACUCAGCUGAAGGAAUGUUUGAGAUAACAGCAGAGAGUGGUCUGGUGAGGCUGCUGGAAGGUUUGGACCGUGAGACUGUCAGUUCGUACACUCUGAGAGUCAAAGCCGUAGACCAAGGCUCUCCACAGCUCUCUAGAGAGACCACACUUCGGGUCAAUGUCCUUGACGUCAAUGAUAACCCUCCUCAGUUUGUGUCCCGCUCAUACCAGACUACUAUUCCCGAGAGUGCUUCAGUGGACACAGAGGUGGCACGAGUCAUGGCCACUUCUCUAGAUACAGGGAUCAACGCACAAGUAGAAUAUUCAAUCUUGGGUGGCAACGAGCAUGGCAAGUUUUCAAUGGAUACCAAGACAGGAGUGAUCAGCAUCGUAGAGCCUCUAGACUACGAGAGAGCCCACAACUACAUGUUGACAGUGGUGGCCACAGACCUCGGUGUCCCUCCUCUCAGCUCCCAAGCCACUGUCAAUAUCUCAGUGACUGACAGCAACGACAACCCUCCUGUGUUUACUCAACUGUCGUACAACGCUCAGAUCAACGAACACUCACAGAUCGGAGAUGUCGUCCUCCAGGUUACUGCUACAGACAUUGACAGUGGUGUCAAUGGCAAAGUAGGCUACACAUUGGAGAGAGGCGAUCGUCAUCAACAGUUCUCUAUGGAUCCCAACACUGGCCAUAUAACUAUCGCCCGCCCCCUCGACCGAGAAAUGGUUUCCAGUUACGUUCUGCAGGUCCGAGCUACUGACUUUGGUCUUCCACAGUUGUCUAACUUUGCUCUUGUCAAUGUUGAAGUGUUGGAUACCAAUGACAAUCCUCCUCUGUUUCUGGAGAACAACUACACAGCAAUUGUUCAGGAGGACAAGCUGCCCGGCUGGCCAGUUUGUCAGUUGACAGUGUCCGAUGCAGAUAUCGCUCCCAACUCUGCUCCGUUCACAUUUGAUAUCCUCUCCGGAGAUCCUGGAGGCGUGUUUCGUAUUGAGCCCGACGGCACCGUCCGCACGGCUGCCAGACUCAGCUAUCGUCUGCAAGACUCGUUCACUCUCCACGUCAGAGUGUUUGACAACGGCACACCUCCACUGUAUUCCGACACCUGGGUCACCAUCAAGGUGAUAGAAGAGUCUCAGUUUCCGCCGGUGGUCACGCCACUGGAGGUGUGGGUGUGUGUGUACCAGGAACGCUGGCCAGGGGGUGAGCUGGGGCGAGUGGCUGCUACGGACCAAGACCCCUAUGACAGUCUAGAGUUUGGCCUCGCUCCCCCCACACCACCUCGCCUUUUCACCAUCGAUCCGCGUGGAGGCGUGCUGUCAGCUGCGCCAGGCCUAGACACCGGCCGCUACCUGCUCAAUGUCACUGUCAGUGACGGCAAGUUUACCUCCAGCGCCAGUGUUGUGGUACAAGUCACCCCGGUGUGGGACGACAUGUUGCAGCAUAGUGUCAGCAUCAGACUCAAUGGAGUGACUCCCCAACACUUUGUACUCAGUCAACGCAAGGGUCUUGUACGCAGCCUGAAGACAUCUCUACAGAGAGAUAUUUCACUGAUCAGUGUUCAAGCUGCUCCUCAUGGCGACCUUGACGUUCUACUUGCCAUCAAUGGGGGAGUGGACAUGCAGUCACUGAAUGAAGCAUUGACAGCAGCCAACGUCAGUCCAGUAGCUUUGACUUGCGACUGUCGCAACGGAGCUAUUUGUCGCCAGCGUGUGCGACUACAGCCUGAGACCGUGUACACCAUUGCGACUGAUGUGACCAGCUUUGUAGCUCCAGGACAUUCCCACCAGCUAUACUGUGCUUGCAAUCUAGGCUUCGCAGGAGACCACUGUGAGGAGCCCCUGCCCCCGCCAUCCUGUGCAUGUCCCACAACACAAAUGUGUGUCCCACAACAACCCCCGCCUGGCUAUCUGUGUCUACCCUCCAUGCCUCCACCUUGCAGCCUCAACCACACUUGUCCCCCCGCCAUCACGUCCAACAUAUACAGCAUCACAUGGGAAGAGUUCAUCGCUAUCUGCAUCGCGGUAGCCAGCAUCAUUUUCUUGGUCAUUCUCUUUGUAAUAUAUAGACGAUGCAAGAAACCAAAUCACGUCACACGUCUUAACAAAUCACCUCCCGUUCUGAAUCCUGAUAUCAAGAGAACUUCAAAACUAAGUAACCUAGAGGUAACGCAGCGAUCCACGAGACCGGCCUCGUAUUCUGCCAGCUCCAAUAACGAGGUUCUAGCGGCCGUCAUACCUCUCAACAACCUCGACACUCUCCGCAGCUACGGCUCUGCUGGGGACGAGCUGGAAAACGUCCCACCAGACUACAGACGCAACCUCAACCGCAGUCCUCAUCACAAGAUCAACAAUGACCUAAAGAGAGUACCAGAGCUGUCUCGACGUGCAUUGAGCUGUGUUGAGGAUGAUGCAAGAAUUGUUGGAGGAUAUCAUUGGGACUGCUCUGACUGGGUGCCCAGUCAGCACACCUUGCCCAACAUAACAGAAGUGCCCGGCAGUGAAGUGCCCGACUCUUCCAGCCUUCACAGCAACACAAGCAACGAGUCCACCAUCCGUCUCAACAUACCCAUGACUUCUGAAACUUCCUUUGUUGACCCAGCUCGAGACCUAGCAACCCUGGAUGAAGAGCUGUACUUGUCGUACCGCAGUGGAGACGACGCUCCCCCGUCAUAUGGGUUCCCGUCAAGUAUCGCCAGUCACUCCCUCAGUGACAUCUCGGCUCGUGUUUGCGAGAUAGAGGACUCCGACGUGCCUUCAUAGCAAAGCCACGCAACCUGCGGCUUCCACGCCGCCUGGUUGCCUACCACUAACAUUCGUCUUUUACUUCUCACUUAAGUUUUAGCUGUAAGUUUGCUGUAGACUUCAUUUUAAGACAUAACUUUGCUCGUUUGUAUGUAUUUUGUGUUUGUCUGUAUUUUGUUGUAUGUUUUGUGUAAGCUUGUGAGUAAUGUUAAGUAAGCUUGAGAUAUUACAAUUCAUUCCCCCUGUGUUCAACUGAUUGUUUGUACUAUUUUAAUAUUUAUUACUGCUAGUUUAGAGGAUUUUUUCUCGUAAAAUAUUGUAAUUUUUAAGUUUUGAAUAAUCUAUAAGUAACUUUGGUUUACUUACCGUACUAUAAUGUACUGUGCCAUCUUUGUAUAAUUUAGUUUUUCUUUGAAUAACGUAAGAUUUUCUUUCUAUGAGGUGAUGAAAUAUCAUUUAUAGUUGUAAGUAUGUAUAGCUUCAUUACAUUAAUGAAGCUCUAAGUUCACCUUCACAGAACGCCUUGUUACUAGGUCUAAGAUAUAGUGUUAGUAAAUUUAAAUGGCCGACUGAUACAAUAUAAAGAACCAACAUAAAUUAUUUUCAACAAUAAUUAUAAUUUAAAAAUUCUAAAAAAAAACAUGUAAAUAUUUUUAGCAAUGUUGGUUUUUUUCUUAAUACUUAAUGAUAGGUUUAGUUAGUUAAAUUACCUACAAAUGGAUGGUUUAUUAACAAAUAUUUCCUAGAGACCAAUUUAUGUUUGAAUGAUUAAUUUUAUUUUGUAGUGGUGUGCAAGAUUGACUCACAUGCAUACCCACUUAUUUGUUUCUAAUAUUUACUGAAUGUCAUUAUCCUAAUUUAAUUGUAACCUUAUGUUUUUUUUUUACAAUUAAUGUAAUACCAUACCUAUUCCCAUGAUUUAUAUGGUACCUAAAGUUUUAGUAGGUACUACAAUAAGAAUAAGUUUAUGAUUGCCUUUAACUGUAUUUAAUACUGUUGAAACCCACACAUAGUUGAUAUUUUUUACUCAUAGGACGUUUUUAUAUUUAUAUCAAUAAUUGUGUAAAGUAUAGGCAACUAUUUUUCUACAACACUGGAAAUGUUUGUACUGAUUUUUACAAAUAAACAUUGU